GCUGCUACCUCUGCGGCCGGCCACAUCCUACCGCAACAAUUACAUGUGACCCCCCUAGUGCGCGCCCAAGAACCACUUGAUCUUCCAGUCGUGCCAUCACGAGAAAACUCGAAAAGUUUGACGUUUGGUCCUUCGUGCCGGAUUUAACACGGAGUGCAUGUCAGCGGCGACGGCGAGCGUCGAGUGUCAGUGACAGUGUUCAAGUGCCCGUGUCGUAACGUCGUCGGAUAAAGCUGCGUUUGUGCGUAAAUACGAAAAACGGAUCCUUGUUGUUACACCGGCCAUGUUGCAUACCAGGUAAAGUGAGACAGCUUUCGCGGCAUCUACGUGCGUAACCGAGCGAGAGGGACUCAGUCCUCCAGAGGCUAAACAAGUUCGUGGACGGGGCGAAGAGGUGAGGAAUGCUAGAGUACCGCAGCAUCUAACAUAGACACACACACACACACGUGUCGACCGAAAUGACCGACUAAUUUCGGCGAUUUCAUGGAGACUUCGACGUCCGGUAAAGCGACGAACCUCGGAGAUUCCGACGCUAGGUAAAGCGACGAACCGAAAAAACUCUCGUUUCUAUUUAGAAAUGUUAACGAGCUGAUAUGUGCGACAUGUGCGGUAUCUACAGACUUUUGUUCGCCACGGGGUUCCUGCUGUUGAUCGGGGCCCAAGGACCUGGUCCCGGACCGGGAAAGAAGCACCUCGGUCGCGAACUGUCCCAUUUUGAUUACGCGCCCCAGAUGCAGUCCAGGGCUGUGGACACGAGGGUAACCUUAGAGAUAGCCGAGGGUCAGCCUAAGAACACGAUAGUUGGACGGAUCCCACUCAAACCGGGAUUCACGUACCGUUUCAACGAACCACCUAAAGAAUUCUCCCUCAAUUCAGUCACUGGGGAAAUACGUACCAACGUAAUCUUGGACAGGGAAAGCUUGACCAACGACAGGUACGACUUGGUGGUCCUAUCAAGUCAACCCACCUACCCCAUCGAAGUUAGAAUAGUGGUAACGGACAUAAACGACAACGCACCCCAAUUUCCCGAACCCGUAAUUUCCAUUUCGUUCUCCGAAAGUGCUGCCGCCGGUACUCGUCUGCUCCUGGACGCAGCCACCGAUCGAGAUUCGGGAAUGAACGGCGUCAGCGACGAUUACAGGAUCGUGGCGGGGAACAGGGACGACAAAUUCAAGUUGGUGGUAACCGCCAAUCCCUCAGGAGAUACGUCGUACCUCCACAUCGAAACUACCGGGAAAUUGGACAGGGAAACUCAGGGUUUUUACGUGCUCAACAUAUCCGCGAGAGACGGGGGAACGCCGACUAGAUACGGAUUUCUACAGGUCAACAUAACGAUCUUGGAUGUCAACGAUAAUCCCCCCAUAUUCGCGCACAGCGAUUACAUCGUGUCUUUGAACGAGAGUGUCCCCCCGGGCACCUGGGUGUUGUCGGUGAUGGCGACGGACAAUGAUUUCGGCGACAACGCCAAGAUCACCUACUACUUAUCCGACACUGAGACGCAGUUUUCGGUCGAGCCAGAAACUGGUAGUAUCUCGACCACGGAAGUCCUAGAAUGCCCCCAACAGAACUGCCCACAAGUUUCGACAAAAUCAGGUGGAUGCCCGAAAAGUUGCGUUUUCACAGUCUUCGCUAGAGAUCACGGAACUCCCAGACAAGUUGGGAGGACUUACGUUACUGUUAAUUUACUGGACGCAAACGAUCACGAUCCCAUAAUCAAAUUCAGGUACUUCCCAGCCACUGCAGGCUUCGCCACAGUGGACGAAAACGCUGGGAAUGGUUCUGUGGUAGCUGCCGUAUCAGUUGCAGAUCCUGACGAAGGUCUAAACGGCGAAACAACUGUAAGGAUAGUAUCAGGCAAUGAACUAAACCACUUCAGAUUGGAUUACACACCUAGCUUCGAUAUAGUCAGGGUAAACGGCAUCCUAGACAGGGAGGAAAUCUCCAAAUACAACCUAACAGUCGUGGCCACAGAUAAAGGAUCACCACCAAGAACCGCCACAGCCUUUUUGAUAAUCCACGUAAACGACGUCAACGACCACGAACCCGUUUUCGAAAAAACCGAAUACUCGGCGAUUCUAAGCGAACUUGCACCCUCUGGAACCUACGUAGCUGGCAUAACAGCUUCCGAUGAAGAUUCUGGAGUUAACGCGCAAAUCUUCUACGCUUUCGUAUCAGGCAACGAUCACCAAUGGUUCUCUAUAAACCCAGAAUCAGGAUUGAUAACCACCAGAACGACCCUUGAUAGAGAGUUACAAGGUGCUGUCGAAUUGAACAUCUCAGCCAAAGACGGCGGGCCUAACCCAAAAUGGGCUUACACCCAACUCAAAGUGACGAUUCUUGACGAGAACGACGAAGCUCCUCAAUUCUCUCAAAACGUAAUCAAUGCAAGCUUAUCAGAGAGUGAACCUGGUGGUAGUUUGGUAGCCAUGCUGACGGCAUCGGAUCACGAUCAAGGAACCAAUGGUAGCGUUAUUUAUUCCUUGCACGGAUCGGUGACGCAAAGAUAUCCCAAUACUUUUUCCCUGGACACCUUGACUGGACAAUUAACAACGACCAGACAGCUGGAUAGAGAAGAGAUCUCUUCGUUUAAGAUAUUGGUGGUUGCCAAAGAUCAAGGGAUUCCAUCAAAGUCCUCCACGGCUACCGUUUACUUGAACGUCUUGGACGUGAACGAUAACAACCCUGAAUUCUACCCACUCAGGUACUUCGAAGCCGUUUCGGAAGAUACGAAGAUAGGCGCGUCCUUAUUGAGAGUAACUGCGACGGAUAAAGAUGAAGGGGAGAAUGGCAAAGUGACGUACACCAUGGAGAGCGGAGAUAAGAAUUUGUUCCACCUCGACCAGAUCACCGGCGUCGUAUCGCUGAGAGGAAACUUGAGAAGUCUGAGCAAGUCUAUUUAUAAGCUGAAAAUUUCCGCUAAAGACCACGGGGAAAGGAGCGCCGAAGAGAUGGCCACGGUGGAAAUAGUCAAAGAGGUCUACAUGGAAAAGUUACAUUUCGACAAUUACGGAGGAUACGAUUUUCAAAUAGUGGAAGAUUACGGCGAGUAUAAGAAGAGAAGCGUGGGAAGUGUACGGGUUAGGAACAUCCACGCCGUUUAUUCCAUAAUGGACGGAGACCACGACAGGAAUUUCGCCAUAGACGAAAGAACAGGCGAGAUAACCACCGCCAAAAAAAUCGAUCGGGAACAGAUCCCAUCGUACAGCCUGACGAUAGUGGCCCACGACGGACUAUCUUUCGGCAAGACGGUAGCCAACGUCGUGAUACUCGACCUGAACGAUAACAAACCUGUAUUCGUACGCGAUAACGACGAAAUCAAAUUACCGGAGAAUCUGGCGGUCGGUCAAGAAGUGUACCUCGCACGUGCAAGAGACGUAGACGCCGGCAUCAACAGCAAAUUGACGUACAGUUUGGGCUACAACUCCAACAAUCAGUUCAGGAUAUCGGAAGCCACCGGUGUUAUAUACUUAAGUCGACCCAUUAGGGCCGAACCCGAAACGGUACUCCUGGUCGAGGUCACGGCCACUGACGGCGCUGAGCAGCCUCUAUCUUCGAAACACACAAUUUCCAUCAUCAUCGAGGACGUGAACGACCAUACGCCCGUAUUCGAUCAUACUUCCUACGAGACUUCCCUGCUGGAAUCCACGCCGGUCAACGAGAGGUUCUUCGCCUUGGCUGCCACCGACGCCGAUCUAAACAUGAACGGCCACAUCUCCUACGAGAUCACCGAGGGAAACACCGAGGGGAAAUUCGGGGUUUUCCCAGACGGUUUCCUCUACGUCCGCCGACCCUUGGACCGCGAAGAACGCGACUAUUUCUCCCUAACAGUACAAGCCAGAGACUCCGGUAACCCACCAAGAUUCUCCGUUGUACCAGUCGUCAUCCACGUGAUCGACGAGAACGACAAUCCGCCCAAAUUCACGAAUACCACCUUCGUCUUCAACAUCCCGGAAAACGAACCUCCAGAUUCGUUCGUGGGAAAACUGACUGCCACCGACAAGGACAUCGGAAGAAACGCCGAGCUUAUCUUCUCUCUAUCCUCGAACCAGAACGGUUUCGCCAUAGACCCCAAGAACGGUUUCAUCAAGACGCUCCACGUCUUCGACAGAGAGAACUUGGUCCACACCACCGGACAGAACUACGUUACCAUCGAGGCUAUGGUCACAGACAACGGAAACCCGAAAAUGAAGGACAAAGUGAAAGUGAACAUAUUCGUGACGGACGUUAACGAUAACCCGCCCAAGUUCUUGAGGACGCCUUAUAAGGUGCAAAUUUCCGAAGGAUCACCGUUGGGAACGCAAGUUAUCAGGAUUUACACGACGGACUCCGACGAAGGACUCAACGGAGAUGUUUUCUACACCAUAACGGAUGGAAACGAAGACGGAAAGUUCGUGGUGGAUGACGCUACUGGUCAGAUAAGUUUGGGUAAACCUUUAGAUCGAGAAACCAAGUCGGUGUAUCAUCUGACUGUGAUUGCACAUGAUGCAGCCAUCACCAAACAGUUGAGUUCCUCUACGACGGUUUACGUAGAGGUGUUAGACGAGAACGAUAACGCACCAGAAUUCACACAGACCAGUUCUAGAAUCUCCAUCAUUGAAACCACACCAAUAGGUACGGAAUUGAUUCAGUUCAGGGCAAGCGAUGCAGAUCUUGGUGUGAACAGUGAAGUCACUUUUUCGAUAACCGCAGGAAACAGAAAGGAUACCUACCAUAUAGACCCUAUAACUGGUAAAUUAUACCUGCACAAAGCUCUAGACUAUGAGGAACUCGAUAAUUACCAAUUGAACAUAACAGCUUCCGAUAAUGGUAACCCAAAGUUGUACACUACCAUCUUAUUCUCGGUGGCUAUCGAAGACGCAAACGACAACCCUCCUUCCUUCCCUAACACAGCCAUAGUGAGACAGAUAAGGGAGGGUAUUCCUGUGCAUACACCCAUAGUGACAGUUACAGCAGACGAUCCAGAUUACGGCAUCAACGGAAAGAUUACGUACUCGAUCUACCAGCAAGAACCAGAAGAUAACAGAAGACACUUCGGCAUCAAUCCUGUGACAGGUGUCAUUCACACUCUUCUCCCAAUAGACAGGGAGACCAUAGACACCUUCAGAUUGACGGUUAAAGCUACAGACCAAGCUCAACCGGUUAACUCGAGGUUAUCGGCGGAAAAAUUGGUGACGGUGAUUGUUGAAGAUGUCAACGACAACGCGCCAGUGUUUGUCUCUAUGAAUUCCGCAGUGUUACCACACUACGAUAUGAAGUUCGACCACGGUGGUGCCUUGAUAAUGAACGUGUUCGCCAGAGACUUGGACUCUUCCACCAACGGUUUGGUGACUUACGAACUUAUAAGCGGCAACAUAGAUCUAUUCCAAUUGGAUCAAAGCUCAGGGUCUCUUAGGCUACGAAGACCGAUUCCAAAUCCGCAGCCUACUUACAAAUUAUCCGUGAAAGCCACAGACGAAGCUGUGCAAAGCGAGAGAAAAUCGACGGAAGCCUAUUUGACUGUUAUCUGUUCGAAAGAAGACGGCGUGGGGCCUAAAUUCGACGAGAUGGGUUUCAGGGGUAGCGUCUACGAGAACGAACCAGCCGGUACGAGUAUACUGAGUGUCAAGGCGCGUUUCGGCGACAACGACAUCGAGUAUUACGUGACAAAUGUGACGGGAGGUGGUGUGCAGGUCGAUCGGUUGUUUGACAUUGACGUUAAGUUGGGGGUUGUGUCAACCGCUACCGUAUUGGACAGGGAGGCAGGCGUGGACGUGUACGACAUCGAGGUUUAUGCGAUCGCCACCGGUGGAAGGCCACGCACGUCAAAAACAAAGGUUCAGAUAACGGUCUUGGAUAAAAAUGACAGCCCGCCAUCUUUCAAGGAUCUGCCAAUGCACUAUACGGUAUCCGAAGAUCUUGGUCCUGGACAGAGUGUGGCAACGGUGAAGGCCGAUGAUCCAGAUUCUAUCGGGGAACUGAGAUACACCAUCAUUAAGGGGAAUGAUGGGCAUUUUGCCAUCGACGAAGAAUCUGGCGUGCUGCAAUUGGUUGAGGCAUUGGAUAGAGAAACGAAGGAUGUCUACAGGCUGACGUUGAGGGCUGGCGAUGGUAACCAAUUCACAGACGCUACAGUGACCAUAGAGGUUACCGAUACAAACGACAACCCUCCAGUUUUCGUGGAGAACGUCUACUCAUUCGACAUACCAGAGAAUGCCGUUCGCGGUUCGAAAUUUGGCCAGGUUCAUGCAGAAGACCCUGACCUAGGCAUAAACUCGCAACUUACCUACACUGUCAUCAGCGACUGGGCCAACGAUGUCUUUUCGUUGAAUCCACAAAGCGGCAUCUUCACAUUGACGUCUAGGCUUGAUUACGAAGAGGUUCAGCAUUAUAUCCUCGUCGUGCAAGCUCAAGAUGCCGGAUAUCCAUCACUUUCUAGUACUCUGACAGUUUACUGCAAUGUCGUAGAUCUGAACGAUAACGCUCCAGUUUUCGACCCUAUGUCCUACAGCAAGGAAAUCUACGAGAAUGCUUCCAUUUAUUCCCCUGUUCUUACUGUCAGUGCAACAGAUUCCGAUUCUGGCAAUAACGGAAAGAUAGUGUACACAAUAUCAGCCGGAGAUGACAAAGGAGAUUUCAAGAUAUUGCCUUCGGGCGAGAUUCUGGUUAACAAGAAUUUGGAUCGUGAAGAACAAGCACUUUACAAUUUGGUAGUUACUGCUACUGAUCAGGCUUCUGACCCCGAAGAGAGGCUAUCGUCUACUGUACAGGUCACAAUCACCCUGAGGGACGUCAACGACAUGUCCCCGGUCUUCAUAACGCCAAACGAAACCACGGUCGCCGAGAACAUUCCGAUCAACACGGUCGUGAUGGCCAUAAAAGCCAUGGAUAAGGACGAAGGAAGAAACGGCUACAUCGAGUACUCCUUGGCCAACGAUCCCCAGACCAACGGCGUAUUUUCCCUGGGGUCCGUUGACGGACUCCUGCGGGUCUCAGGCAACAUAGAUAGGGAGCUGAAGAGCAAUUACACCCUGCUGGUGACUGCGAGGGAUAGAGGCGAACCGCCGCGUGCUACCCAGAUGAAGUUGCUCGUGAAGGUCUUGGACGAGAACGACAACAGCCCAAUUUUCGAUCCGAAGCAGUACAGCGCUUCCAAACCAGAAAACGCAUCCAUUGGAACUAGUGUUUUACAGGUAUCUGCAACUGACGUCGACGAAGGUCUGAACGGACGCGUACGAUACUCCAUCGUCUCCGGCGACACCAAUCGGGACUUCAACAUAGCCGAGGACACCGGCGUGAUCAGGGUGGCCAAAAACCUGAACUUCGAGAGGAAGUCCCGCUACCUCCUCACCGUGAAGGCGGAAGACUGCGCCGGCGACAUCAACGGAGACGUGGUACGUUCCGACGUGGCCGAGGUGUCCAUCACCAUUUCGGACAUCAACGACAACCCUCCCACCUUUUUGGACUCGCCCUAUCUGGCUUACGUGAUGGAGAACACCAUCCCUCCGAACGGGGGCUACGUCAUCACCGUGAAGGCCUACGACGCCGAUACCCUGCCCUUCAACUCGCUGGUGAAGUACUUCAUCAAGGAGGGAGACACCGACAUAUUCAGGAUCAACGCGUCCACCGGAGAGAUUUCGCUGCUGAGGGCGCUGGAUAGGGAACUCCAGCCGGAGUAUACGCUGUCGCUGGUUGCCAUGGAUACUGGUUCACCCCCAUUAACUGGAACCGGCAUCGUCAAAAUCAUUGUCCAGGAUGUCAACGACCACAGUCCAGAAUUCAAGAGGAAAUCUUACCACGCUACCAUCUCCGAAAACUCACCAAUUGGUUCCUGGGUUCUCACCCCAUCCGCCGUCGACAAGGACGCUGAUCUCAACGCAAAAAUCAAGUACUCGCUGAUCGGGGAUAAGGCAGAGAGGUUCUCCCUCAACCAAGAAACUGGGAUCAUCACCACCGCCCAAGUUUUGGAUAGAGAAGAAAGCAGUUCCUAUUUCCUGACUCUGGUGGCUCAAGACUGUUCAACCACAGAUCCCAAAGCUGCAGCCGUUAACCUCACCAUAAUUGUACUCGACGAAAAUGACAAUUCGCCCUCGUUCCCGUCAUCGGAAUACGAAAUCUACAUCUCAGACAAAACGAGGAAAAACCAUUUCGUUUUCGGCGCUCAGGCUACCGACCACGAUAGUGGUGAAAAUGGCAGAAUCACCUACUCUUUGAUAGGACAGCAUUCCUCGAAUUUCACCAUCAAUGCGAAAACCGGUGUUAUACGAGCUGCUCAGGAUCUGAGUCAAUCAUCCAACAAGGUCUUCCAUCUAGAAAUAGAGGCAGAAGAUGGUGGUAAAUCCAGCAGGAGAACCAGCGCCGAACUCAAAGUAUUCCUGAAACCAGACCAUCUGUUCCCAAGGUUCUUGCCGAGCUCAAAAACUAAAUUCGUACUUCCUGAGAACGUGCAAGAAGGAGAAAUCAUCGGAAAAUUCGAAGCUUCGUCACCGAAAAAAGGCGCAAUGGGCUCCAUAAGAUACGCCAUCGCUGGUGGAAACGUAGACGGCGCACUGGAAAUCGAUAAAAUCAGCGGGGAAGUUCAAGUGACGGAAAAGGGCUUAGAUUACGAAAGUUUUCCGUUAUACGACGUUUGGGUUGAAGCUAAGGACUCUGAUAAUCCUCCUCUAAGAAGUGUCCUACAGCUCACCAUCAACGUGACAGAUACCAACGACAACGCUCCAGUCUUCAGCACACCCCUUUACAACGCAACUGUUCUCGAAUCUGAGGCUCCACCUCUCCUCGUCAUGAAAGUCACUGCCACAGACGUGGAUUCAGGCAUGAACGGCCAAGUCAGCUACAGACUAUUGGAAACUUUCGAGGACACCUUCGAAAUCGAUUCCGAAACUGGCGAAAUAUACACAAACACCAAACUGGAUAGAGAAGACGUCCCACAUUACGAGUUACCGGUGGUCGCAAUAGAUCAUGGUAGCCAUCGUUUGACGGGUACUGCCACUGUCUUGGUUACAGUUUUGGACGUCAACGAUAGCCCACCGGUCUUCACGAGGUUAUUCAGCGUCAACGUUACCGAGAAUGCCGAGAUUGGUUCAUUCGUGAUCCGAGUGACGAGCUCCGACCAAGAUAUUGGAGAAAACGCCAACGCAACUUAUAGAUUCACUGAAAACCCUGGAGGAAAAUUCAAGAUCGAUCCCAUAAGUGGAAACGUAACAGUUGCUGGGUAUUUAGACAGAGAACAACAAGACGAGUAUUUGCUGAAAGUGGCAGCUGCAGACGGAGCUUGGAACAGCGAAACGCCCUUGACCAUAACCAUCCAAGAUCAAAAUGAUAAUGCUCCAGAAUUCGAACAUUCCUUCUACAGUUUCAAUUUCCCCGAGCUCCAGAGAGACAUAGUGUUUGUCGGUCAAGUUAUAGCGACAGAUAGGGAUAAACAGGGUCCAAACUCUGUGAUAAGUUAUUCCACUCAACAACCAUCAGACUUGUUCACCGUGGAUCCAGCUAGCGGAGAAAUCUUCAGCAAAAGAUCGUUGAAAUACAAAUACACACAAUUCGAGAAUUCUCCGGAAAAUAUGUACUCCCUAACCAUUUUGGCAACUGAUAACGGCAAGCCGCCAAUGUCUUCUGAAUGUUUGGUUACAAUCAACGUUGUGGACUCGAACAAUAACGCUCCCAAAUUCCUCCAGAAAGAAUAUCUAACGCCAGUUCCAGAAGAUGCUUCAUCGGGUCAACAACUACUGAAGGUGACUGCCAAAGACGAACAAGACGUUGGCGUCAAUGCCGAAAUAGAAUACCUUCUAAUCAGUGGAAACGGCAGCCAGUAUUUCUUUGUGGAUGAAAGAACCGGUUGGGUUAGUGUCAAAGAUAGAAUUGGACAAGUUGGCACUGUGUACAAUUUGGUAGUUAGAGCAAUGGAUAAGGGAGUGCCACCCCAACACGACGAUGUUUCCGUUACACUGAUCAUCUCUGGAGACAACCUAUUCAAUCCAGUAUUCACGGCCUUGAGUUAUCAAGUCAUCGUACCAGAAAACGAACCUUUAGGAUCAACCAUACUCACUGUGAGUGCCAAAGAUAAAGAUCCAGGACCAAACGGUAUAAUAAGGUACAGAAUAUCGGCAGGAAACGAGAACAAAAUAUUCGAAAUCGAUGCGGUCAGUGGCGAUGUUACGAUUCUCAAACCUCUAGAUUACGACACAAUCUCUGAAUAUAGACUGAACAUUACCGCUAGUGAUCUCGGUUUUAAACCGCACGAAACCACAGCUACACUCACAGUCAUCUUAACCGAUAUAAAUGAUAAUGCUCCCGUCUUCAACCAAACUUCAUUCAACGCUUUUGUGUCCGAAAACCUACCACCUGGAACCUUCGUUUGUCAACUGAUAGCGAAAGAUAUAGACUCACCCAAGAACUCGAUCAUUCAAUACUCGAUAUCCGGAGGUUCCGGCAAAGAAUACUUCAGCAUGGAUUCUAAAACGGGAGUUAUAACCUCCACCAGUAGCUUCGAUUAUGAGGAGAGGAACUCGUUCAUUUUGAACAUAAUCGCCAACAAUCCAGACUCGACGAUGUUUGGUGUCACUCAGGUCAAUAUUCAAGUGACGGGUGUCAACGAGUAUUUUCCAAGAUUCGUUCAACCGGUGUUUCAGUUCGAAGUUUCAGAAUCUACAGAAGUCGGUACUGUCAUCGGUACUAUCCAAGCGACGGACCAAGACGCUGGAGAAGAUGGAAAGGUGUACUAUCUCUUCGUUGGUUCCAGUAACGAUCGUGGUUUCGCUAUCAACUCUGAGACGGGAGCGAUCAGUGUAGCUCGCAAUCUCGACAGGGAAACUCAAAAUAGGAUUGUGUUGACGGUUAUGGCUAAAAAUUCGGGUGGCAUAAGAGGUAACGACACUGAUGAGGCACAAGUUGUUGUAACGGUGCAAGAUGGUAACGACCCACCCGAAUUCAUCCACAGUUUAUACGAAGCCCACGUGUCAGAAGGGGCACUGCUAGGCACGGACGUGAUAACAGUGAAGGCUGUAGACAAGGACGUACGACCCCAGAACAACCAAUUCGGGUAUUCCAUCAUAGGCGGCAAUAUCGACCACGUCUUCAAGAUAGACCCGCAAAGUGGCGAGAUCCAAACAGCCAGAGCCUUGGAUCGCGAAACCAUCGAAAUGUACUCGAUAAUCGUCGGUGCCAUAGACACCGGAGUACCACCCGAAACUGGAACUGCAACCGUCAAAAUCCACAUAACUGACAUCAACGACAAUGGUCCAAUAUUCGAUUCCCCUCAAGUCGGAUACGUGAUGGAAAACGAACCAGCGGGUACCAGGGUGAUGACAUUGUCCGCGAAAGACCCAGAUUUGCCUCCAAACGGCGCACCUUUCAGUUACGUUCUUGUUGGAGGGGAACACAAGGAUCUGGUUAAAGUGGAUAAACAUACGGGUAUAGUGACUACUAGAAAGAGUCUGGAUAGAGAACAAAUUCCCGAAUUGAAGGUAGUGGUGGAGGUUGAAGACAGUGGUGUACCCAAGAUGAAAUCGCAACACGAUGUCAAAAUAAUCGUUUUGGAUCAGAACGACAGUCCCUCCACACCUCGAUCUGUUCACGUGAUAGUUUACGCCUUCAACGACCAUUAUCCUCUGGGCAAGAUCGCUGACAUACACCCCAACGACCCAGACACUACAGGAGAUUACAAAUGUAAGAUAGUACAGAAAUCCAGCUCAUCCGCCAUGCUUUCCAUACCUCACGCCUGUGACUUGCACACGUCUAUGAUAACUCCAAAUGAAGGAUACUCCCUUUCCGUAUCUGGAAACGACGGUAAACACCAAGAAGUCAAGUCGUCGGUAACUGUGGAAUUUUUAAGUUUCACCAACACAACGAUACAAAACGCAAUAACAGUCAGAAUAGCGAACACGACAUCCAAAUAUUUUCUGCAACAUGUGUACAGAGGCAUGCUGGAGUUCUUCAAGGACAAUCUGGAGUAUGGAGAAGCUUUAUUAGUGUUUGGCUUACAUGAGAUCGAGAAAGAUAUAGAAAUAACUGUUGCGGUCAAAAAAGAAUUCGGUUACAGGGACAAAACAUACGUGAUAGAAAAAUUAAAGCAUAAAAGGAACAUCUUUCAAGGCAAUUUCAACCUUCAUGAUGUAACAAUAGAUUAUUCACCUUGCAGAGAGGAUAUAUGUGAAAAUGGCGGUAUAUGUACACACCAUAUUAGCGUUGAGAGGAAAACCGAAAUUACCGACACUCAAAAUAUAAUUUUCACCUCACCUAUGAUAUUGCAUAAUAGAAAAUGCGAGUGCGCAAGUGGAUUCACUGGUGAAAAUUGUGGAAAGAGGCAAGAUCCAUGCUCACCGAACCCUUGCAAAAAUAAAGGACAGUGCAGAAAACAAGGAUUCAACUUCCAAUGUAUUUGCCCAUCGCACAAGGAUGGAAAACUGUGUGAACUAGAGAAAGGCGAUGUUUGCUUGGACAACCCAUGUAGAAAUGGCGGAUCCUGUCGUGAAAGUCCAGAUGGAUCAUCUUUCUUCUGCCUGUGCAGACCCGGUUAUCGCGGUAAUCAAUGUGAAGCCCUCGCAGAUUCAUGCAGACCCAAUCCUUGCUUACACGGUGGUCUGUGCAUUGGUCUCAAACCUGGUUAUAAGUGCAGUUGCACCGAUGGAAGAUACGGGAGACACUGUGAAAAAUCCACAUUCGGCUUCCAAGACCUGUCGUAUAUGACAUUCCCAUCCCUAGAUGCCGCGACCAAUGACAUAUCCUUCAUCUUUGCUACCAGCAAGGCCAACUCACUACUCAUCUACAACUACGGGAUACAAACUGGUGGAAGAAGCGAUUUUGUCGCUUUGGAGUUGAUAGAAGGAAAAGCCGUUUUCUCGUUUGGUGGAGCAAGGACAGCCAUAACUUCCAUCAAUGUUCAAGGGAAGAAGGGAAAUCUGGCAGACGGUAACUGGCAUAAGAUAACGGCAACUAGGAACGGCAGAGUGGUAUCCCUUAGCGUCAGUUCGUGCAAUGAACAUGGAGACGUUUGUGAAGACUGCAGAGCUGGCGAUUCUUCAUGCUAUACCGAUGAUAUUGGUCCUGCUGGAACCUUGAAUUUCAACAACAACCCACUGUUGAUCGGAGGACUGGAUAAAGCCGACCCGAUUCUGGAAAGGCCAGGUCAAGUGCAUUCCGACGAUUUUGUUGGCUGCGUUCACAGUAUAUCAGUAAACGGACGUCUUCUGAACCUGAGCAAUCCCAUCCAUUCCGAAAACGUGAAGAACAACUGCGCAAGAAAAGGCUCCUGCACCAAGGUCUCCGAUAAUCACUGUUACGGCCACGGAUCUUGCUUGGACAGAUGGAAUACCAUCAGUUGCCGAUGUGAUGGAGGACUCAUAGCACCCAACUGUGGAGCAGCACUACUUCCGAUAACAAUCAGUGGUGGAGCCUAUGUUGAAUUCGUGCCAUCCGAGUUUCACAAGAGGAUGCAGCUGUUGGAGAUCUUCUACAAGGGAUCUACAGUAUGGACUGAUGCACGUCGUAGAUCAACAAGAUCUUUACCUUCGAUAGCUUCUGCGUCCACAAAUAAUCACAUUUCUAAAACGAUAAGUUUCAUGUUCAGAACUGUUGAAUCCGAUGGGGUCCUAUUCUACGUGACAAGCAAUAAAUAUUACACUUCCCUGGAAAUAAUAGAUGGCCAGAUAAGAUAUAUGAGCAAACUGUCUAAUACCGUCAAUAUGACCGCAUACAAUCAGAAGAUAAAUGAUGGAGUUUGGCACAAUCUAACCCUCCAUUCACACGGUAGACUGCUGGAGCUGAUUCUAGACGGAUCAAGGAUCGGUGAAGAAUUGGAUUCCGCCGGUGUCCACGAUUUUCUGGACCCUUACUUAACGUACAUUUCUCUGGGCGGUGUGAGAAGGAACAUGUAUUAUGUGAAAGACACACCCCCGAACUCUCUCGAGGGUUGUUUCGCAAACUUCACCAUCAACAACGAAGUUCAAUCUUUCACGACACCCGGUAGUAUCUUCCAAGAGAUGAGGAUGAUUGGAAAGGUGACAAAUGAUUGCAAGGGCCUCAUUGGAAUAGGAAGUGCCAAACAAACCAAUCCGUUGAGUAUUGGUAUAACUCUUGUGAUAGUUUUCUUCGUAGUCCUACUCAUAGCCAUACUCGUGUCGUUCGUUGUGUUCAGAUUGAGGAAGCAACACAAGGAGAAGAACGGGACGCCAGGAAGUCCUUCUGGAAUACACAGUAAGCAAAAUGGAAACAGUGCCUCUAUGGGCAUCAGUUUGAAUUCUAUUGGUGACAGUAUCCUCGGUCGAAAUAUGCAUUCUAAUGAUAAUUCUAUGGGAUAUCACAAUGAAACAAGCGACGUGAUUAGAGGGAUUGGUGGACAUCCUUUGGUUGGUCCCGAAUUGUUGUCUAAGAAGUACAAAGAAAGAGAAUUGAACGCUGGGGAACUUCCCAGACCUCAAAGACCGGAUAUUAUUGAACGGGAGGUUGUUAGUAAAAGUCCUCCGAUGAGAGAUGAACAUCAUCCACCACUGCCACCAAACUCCAACCACAACCACGACCACUCAACCGAUUUGAAUUCCGAGAUGCCCGAACAUUACGACUUGGAGAACGCUAGUUCCAUAGCUCCAUCCGAUAUCGAUAUAGUUUACCAUUAUAAAGGAUACAGGGAAGCUGCAGGGGUCAGGAAGUACAAAGCUACACCUCCCGCUGUCGGUUACCACCACAAGCAUUCAUCAGCGCAAGGGCAAGCACAACAUCGACAUUCCCCGCAUCACCCUGGUGGGUUUCCACCAAGAGCUCCUCCAGUUACCAGCCCUUCGUCGAGGCCUCACCAAACCACUCCGCUAGCCAGGCUGAGCCCCAGUAGUGAAAUGAGUGCCGCGCAUCCAAGAAUUUUAACUUUACACGAUAUCAGUGGUAAACCGCUUCAAAGUGCCUUAUUAGCUACCACCUCCAGUUCGGGGGGAGUGGGAAAAGACGCUCUAAAUAGUAAUAGUGAAAGAAGUUUGAACAGUCCUGUGAUGUCUCAAUUGAGCGGACAGAGUUCGGGAAGUCGUAAAAACCAAGUGCCGCCGCCGGUAUCGAAUCAAUCGUCGGGUAUGACCUUAACUUCGGAGGAGUUGGAGAGGCUGAACAGUCGACCGAGGAAUUCCAGUCUGGUCUCGACACUGGACGCGGUUUCCAGCUCCAGCGAAGCUCCAAGGGUCAACGUGAACGCCCAUUUGAACCAUCUGAGGCGAUCUCCGGUGCAGGACACCCAUCACAGCUCGACCACGACGGACGAGAGUGGCAACGACAGUUUCACCUGUUCCGAGAUAGAAUACGAUAAUAGCAGUAUUACGGGCGAUAAGUACAAGUCCAACGAGCCCGAACCUAGACGUAACAAUUCUAGUUCUAGUAGUAACAAAAACAAUGCACUACCUCCGUCCUACGAUGGCUUCGAUUCCUCUUACAGAGGCUCGAUGAGCACCCUGGUUGCUUCGGACGAUGAGAUGGGAAACGGGCAGAUGUACAGGCCCUCUACAGGCUCUCCGUCGACUGCCACCCUCGGAUGGGACUAUUUUUUAAAUUGGGGUCCCAAUUUCGAUAGUUUAGCGGGCGUGUUCAAGGAUAUAGCGGAGAUGCCGGAAUCUGUGAACGGUCGGGUACCGUCCUCCUUGAGGUUAGCGAACGCUCCAAAGCCAUCCGAAGAGUAUGUAUAGUGAUUAUUUUGCAAUAGACUGGAAACAAAUUUUUGAGGCCUUGUAUCAAGGUGUUUUGUAAUUUCUUGCCAUAUUAUGUGUAAUUUGUUUGUAAAAACUGCUGUGACUCUUUUAAAUUGUAUAUAUUUAGUUUGUAAUAGACUUUUGUAAUUGAAUUUUUUUAUGAAUGAAAUAAAAACUAACUUUCGAAUUAA